GUGGAAACAUGUAUCUAAAUCAAACAAUUAUCAGUCCCUCAGAACUGAAGAGGAAUAAACAGAAGAGAUAUUUAGAAGAGACUGACUAUAAAUGGGCCGGAAUUGAUGGGUUUGAUAUCGAGGUAAACCUUGAUGAUUAUCCUCCUAAAGGCACAACUGAUGACGAAACUAACCUGACAAACUCUGUGAAUUUUGAAGAUAUCCAAGAGGAUGAUCAGAACAAUGAUGAUUAUGAUUUUUAUACUCAAAGAAGGGAUUAUUGGCUCGAGGAUAAAAUUGAUAACGAUAUAUCAACCCAUAUCUACUUUCUGACAGUGAUGAGCAAGCUGAAAGAACAGGAAAAAGAGUAUAAAGAUAGAUAUCUUUGAGACCCAGAAAAUGAAUUUAUUUAUGGCAUGAAAGAGCAGAAGAAAAUGACUCUUGUGUUGGAUCUUGAUGAAACCCUCAUUUGAGCGAAGCAAACUCCCUUAGAGUGGUAUGAUCAUAUUGUUGAAGUAGAAAACUCUAAUAGUGAUAAACAGAAAUACUAUGUCAGUUUUAGACCUUACUUGUUUGAGUUCCUUGAAAAGAUGAGCAAAAUAUAUGAGAUAGUUAUUUGGACAGCUGCAAAUAGACAGUAUGGGGAGCAGAUGCUCAAUCUUAUAGAUCCUACACGUGAUUUUAUUAGUUAUUCAUUGUUCCGAGGUUCCUGUCUUAAUUUCCAAAAUUGAUUCAUAAAGGACUUAUCAUAUCUAAAUCGACCGUUGAGUCACACAUUGAUAUUGGACAACUCAUUUAUCUCAUUCUCAGGUAAUCUUAGUAAUGCGAUGCCUAUCCUGGAUUACUGCGGAGACAAGCAUGAUGUGGAGCUUAAAUAUGUUGCUAAAGAUCUUGAAGACAUUUAUAACAAGGUAGCCAAUAGUCUGAACCCAAUGAACCAUGAUGUUAGAAAGGUUUUGAGGAAGAUGUAUCUUUUGGAGCAGAGAGUGAGGGAGUUUGUGUUUUUGAAUCCCAGAAAAGUAAUUUUUCAGUAAUUUUUGGAGGAAUUGGGGAUAUCAUUUGGUAGAUGAGAGAAUUCAGGGUCUGU